UGGCCAGCAGAGGACCUGAGUAGCCUCGAAUGGGUGUCGAGACUACUGUACAGCCGCAUAACGAAAUACUUCCCUUGGUCCGCCCGAAGGACCUUGCCAGACCAUCCGAUCGGCUUGGUGUCGUGUGUGCUCCCCAAUUGCAAAUGACAAUUUCAAGGACAGACACAUUUUCCCCUGCGGAAUCAAAAGUUUCUCCGAUAUAGAGCCUCCAUUGAGACCCCCUAUGAGGUUGGAACGAUGGUGAGGAAUAUUGGUAUGUACCUCCUUACUCUACUUCACCUGCAUUCCGUCCAGCUCGGGAUUCAAGUAGGCAAAGUACAUUCUGUACAAUAUCGGAGGUCAAGUGAUAGGUAGUGUUGACUUCAUCAAGCUAUUGGCCCACAUGCUACGUGACGUGUGAAGUGAAUCAAAUACUGAAAAAGCACUAUUGACGACGGCCGCAAUUUCACUACACUUGUUCAACGAACGGCUGCGAUCUUUGACCGCCUUUUGGCCCGUCAAAAAUUGGUGCGACGGUGAUGCGCAUUUAGCCAUAACAAGUUCUUCUGAUGGCCUGUCGCUUUAACUUUGAAACUUAAGAGCUGACAUUUC